AUGCUCUCCUACCAAACGCAUCUCACUAUCCUCGAGCGGACCGCGAGACGGUGCCCCGACAACGUCGCCUUUCGUGUACCAGAAGUCGACGAGAGCAGCAGCGACAUCCGUCACUGGCAAUCUAUAACAUACAAGCAGUUCCUUCAAGAUGUCGAACGAUCUGCAAGGUAUUGGUUGUGGAAGUUAACUGCCGACGAUAUCAGCGCUGGAUCAGUAAUUGGCUUGUGGCUUGGAGGCACGACAUACGUGGACGUCCUCCACAUCUAUGGCAUUGCCCGGGCUGGCUUCAUCCCGCAGCUCAUAUCGUUGCGAUUACCCAACGCGGAAGUAAUUCUCGAGUUGCUAAACCUUUCGAAAGGGAAAGCGAUUGUUCAUGAUGCUUCCUUCACGUCGCCCCUUCGGCGGUGCCCGUUACCUGUAUAUGCAGCCGUUGACGUGCGAGAAGCGAGUCCAGUCGCUAUCGACUUACCUCCUGUCGUCGAGGGAUCUGACGCCGACGACAUCAUCAUGUUAUUCCACACUUCCGGCUCGACAUCUGGCCGCCCGAAACUCGUGCCAUGUACCUACGCAUGGUGGUCUACUACGAUCAUGAAGGCAGGGCAGAUCAUGAGACCGAAAACGCGGAGUACGUCACGGCAAGACACAGCGGUGUGCAUGGGAAGCCUGUGUCACAUGGGUCAAUCCUUCAUGCUCGCCGGGGCAUUGGAACACGGCUCCUGCACCGUCCUAUAUACAAAGCAGGCUUAUUCCUCCGACGAGUUACUCGACAUGAUGCAUCGCUGUGGACUCACACGCAUGAACAUAUUUCCCACGUUCCUGAGUGUGCAUCUGAAGAACUCGCGCCGGGAUCCCAGACUGCUUGCAGGUUUGCAGGCACUGGACGAGAUCCUAGUCACCGGCUUGCCGAUGUCUCCGGAGGACCAACAAUGGGUGCGUAGCAACGGCAUCAACGUGUUAGACUGCUACGCGAGCACAGAGGUUGCCGUCAUGAUGCUGUCGACUGGACAGGCCAUUAAUGGCCGUCUUCCGCCCCUUCAACCGAUUGAAGGUGCUUCAUACGCUAUGGUUGCGACAGCGCCUCAGCCGCCGCAGUCUGAUAGCGGAUAUUACAAUCUCCACGCACGGCUGCUGGAGCUGGUCGUCUUGGCGCACUCUCCCGACUGCCCACAUCCUUCACUGCGCGACAUCGACGGAAACUACCACACCGGAGAUCUCUUUUUCGAACAGUCUCCCGGAAAGUACGUGUAUUAUGGACGGGACGAUGACUGGAUAAAGACGGAAGUUUCGUUGCGGUGUAACACCAAAGCCAUCGAGGAGAACGUUUAUACCACCUGUGGUGACCUUGUUUCCAACUGUGUGGUCGUCGGCACUGGGCGACCUUCUCCGGCUCUCAUAGUGGAGUCGUUGACAGCCGAUGUGGAUGCCCAAAAGUUGAAGGCUAUGAUAUACAGGAGGAUUCGAGCGUUUCACGCGCGGCGGUACCUCCACGAGCGGAUCGCGUCCGCAGAUGCGAUUUUGGUUGCUCCUGCGAACACUCUUCCGAGGACGGCUACUAAAGGCAACAUUCGGAGACGGGCUGCUGAGGAAGACUUCAAGGCUGAGCUUGACCGCAUAUACUCACUAACGCGGUAA